GGAGAGGUAGGCAGGGUCUCAGGUCCUAGCUCUAGGAGCCUUUGGAAGAAAGGGAAGUUCUUGCGAUCUCAGCUGGACUGGGCAGGGUAGGGCUCCCUGGAUUGGGAAUAUCAGAGUGGGCCGACUGAAAGCGUGAGCCCUUGGAACUGAGAUCAACCUGCCUCCUUCCUCUGGAGCUGUGGUUGCUCUAUCUUUCUUUGAAGCUGAGAUCAUUCUGCCUUCCGGAAGCCAGCUCUGUGCAUGCAAGUCCUAGGUCGCCCUCCUGCCUAGGAAGAGAAGGGAAAGACAUCUCCAUCUGUGGAGCCAGCUGAGCCUGCAGAGGACCAAGGCCUGACCCAGCAGGGAGCCUGGAGCCAGAGGGAAUGGCCCCCGGGAGCCGCAGACCCCCAGCCCAGGAGUUGGUGACAUUCAAGGAUGUGGUUGUGGACUUCACCCCGGAGGAGUGGGGCCUUUUGGACCAUUCUCAGAAAGAGCUGUACAAAGAGGUCAUGGUGGAGAAUGCCCGGAACCUGCUGUCCCUGGGACUGCCAGUUCUCAGAGAAGGUUUGAUCUCCCAUUUUGCACAAAGGGAAGCACCAUGGAUGUUGGAGCAAGAAAACCACGGAACCUUCUGUUCAGAUGGAGAGACGAGGCUUGAAUUGAGGGAUACUACUGCCAAACUGAGCAUUUCUGUGGAUGAAUCCCGACAGCAGAGAUUCAGGAAUUAUGGUCACUGCAACCUCAAUUUGAAGGAAACUUGUAACUCUGAUAUCAAGAAAGAGAAAAAACAAAAGAGUCACUGUGAAUUUGAUAAAGAUGGAAAGAGUUUCAGGCAAUGUUCAGUCCUAAUUCGCUGUAAGGAAAGGACCUCAGGGAAUAGCUGUUCUUGGGAUAGUAAAAAUAGGAAAUGCUUUACGGAACAGGUGGGCCUUGUUGAGUCCCGUGAGAAGUCUUCUGAAGUGCAAACUUAUCAAUGUAAUCAAUGUGAGAUGGCCUUCAGCUUGAAUUCAGACCUAAUUAGACAUCAGAAAAGUCACACUGGAGAAAUGCUUUAUAUAUGUAAUGAGAAUGAUAAGACCUUUAGUUGUAAUUCAAAGCUCAUUGACAACCAGAAAAUUCAAAAUGGAAAAAUAUAUUACGGAUGUAAUGAAUGUGGUAAAGCCUUCAAGCAACAGUCAUCCCUUGUUCGCCAUCAGAAAUUUCAUAUUAGUGAAAGGCUACAUAAAUGUAUGCAAUGUGAAAAGGCCUUCAGGCGACAGUCAUCCCUUAUUUCCCACCAGAGAAUUCACACUAGAGUGAAAUCUCAUGAGUGUCAUAAGGGUGGUAAAGCUUUCAGUGAAAACUCAUCCCUUAUUGUACAUCAGAGAAGCCACAAUGGAGAGAAACCUUAUGAAUGUAAUCAGUGUGAAAAGACUUUCAGACAGCGUUCGCAUCUUAGUCAUCAUCAGAGAAUGCACAAUGUGGAGAAACAUUAUGAAUGUAAUCAAUGUAGAAAGACUUUCAGUUGCAGUUCUAAUCUUACUAAACACCAGAGAAUCCACACUGGAGAGAAACCUUAUGAAUGUAGUCAAUGUGGAAAGGCUUUCAGAUGCAGUUCUAGUCUUGGUAAACAUCAGAGAAUCCACACUGGAGAGAAACCUUAUAAAUGUAAUCAAUGUGGAAAGACUUUUGGAAGAAGUUCCAAUCUGGCUGUGCAUCAGAAAACCCAUACUGGAGAGAAACCUUAUGAAUGUAAUCAAUGUGGAAAGACUUUCCGACAGCACUAUAAUCUUUUGGAACAUGAGAGAAUCCACUCUGGAGAGAAACCUUAUGAAUGUAAUCAAUGUGGAAAGACUUUCAGAUGCAGCUCCAUUCUUGCUAUACAUCGGAGAGUCCACACUGGAGAAAAACGUUAUGAGUGUAAUCAAUGUGGAAAGGCUUUCAGAAGGAGCUCUGGUCUUGCUAUACAUCAGAGAAUCCACACUGGAGAGAAGCCUUAUGAAUGUAAUCAGUGUGGAAAGCCUUUCAGAUGCAGUUCUAGUCUUGCUGAUCAUCAAAUAAUCCACACAGGAGAGAAACCUUAUGACUGUAAUCAAUGUGGUAAGACUUUCAGAGGCAGGUCUGGUCUUGCUAAACAUCAGAGAAUCCACACUGGAGAGAAAUCAUAAGAAUAUAUUCAAUGUCGAAAAACUUUCAGAGAGAGAGAAAGAGAGCUCCAAUGAUCCAAUGUUGUGGGGAACACCAGAGGAAGUUUAUGAAUGUAAUCGUUGUGGAAAGACUUUCAGAUGCAGCUCCAGUCUUAUUGACCAUGAGAGAAUCCACACUGGAGAAACGUUAUGACUGUAAUCUAUUCGAAAAGACUUUUAGACACAGCUCCAGUCUUACUCUGCAUCAGAGAAUCCACACUGGAGAGAAGCUUCAUAAA